UAAUGCCGUUUGUCAACUAGCGCCAAAGGAUAAAACGCUCUGACGUUAUCGCGCUGUCAUUUGUGUUUUAGGUUAUACAGAAUAUUUAUUAUAAUUGUUUGGAAGUAAAACAUUCGCAGUGGAAAUGGCAUCUUGUUUGGAGAAUAUUCAAGUUUCAUCAUGCAUCUGGUUCGGGGCCGGUGAGAAAAGGAAUGGUUUGGUGUCGAUGCUUGCUGGAACUUUGUUUUUCAUGGGAUGGUGGUUCAUCAUCGAUGCUACCGCCAAGUAUCCUGAUUCAGUGCAAAAUGCAUAUCAUGUCUGUGGAGUGUUCGGCACUGUAUCACUUCUCAUGGUGAACACUGUAACAAAUGCGCAGAUUCGAGGAGAUGCAUAUGAUGGAGGCUGUCUCGGAGCUAGAGGUGCACGCAUGUGGUUAUUUUUUGGAUUUGUUAUGGGGUUCUCAGCAGUUAUUGCAGCAUGCUGGAUCUUAUUUUCUGACUUUAUAACCAACGGAGCACUUCACUACUGGCCUGGUGUAGGUCUGUUCCUACAGAACGUCUUUAUAUUCCUGGGAUCAUUAACUUACAAGUUUGGCCGUUCCGAGGAUCAGUGGGGUUGAACAAUUGGCUGUACACUAAUCUAUGUAUUUUAGAUGGUGUUAAAUUUUUCAAAUCACAAUCUCAUACAUUACUUUGUGACUAAGAUGUAAAUGUUACUGGAUAAAAUAGUAUAAGAUUAGUACCGAAUUUGUUGUAAUAUAAUUAUAGCUGGCUCUUAAUAAGUGCUGCUUACAGCUUUAUUCAUAAUAAAUAUCAACUUCUGUAAUAA